AUCAUGAUUGAACCUUAUUUGCAUCGUUUGAACAAGCAAAAAAUAAUUUUGGCGUGUAAUUCACCGAGAAGAAUUGAAUUACUUCAAAAAACCGGCAUUAGAUUCGACUCUUUUCCAAACCAGUUGACGAAGAAAUUGAAACCGGAUAGUUUCAAAUCCAUUGCUGAUUUUGCAAUGGCCGUUGCAGAAGGCAAAGCUCUUUCUGUUCUGGAAGCCUGUAAAACAGUUGGCGAAAUACCUCCAAAUCUUGUGAUUGGAGUUGAAACUGUCGCAUGUAAAGAGAGAAAAAUCUAUGGCAAGCCCAGUAGUAAAGAAGAAGCAUGCUUUAUUCUGAGAAAUCUCAGCGGAUGUACACAUUCUGUUAUAACGGGAGUUUGUCUUAUGUUUCCCGCUGCUAGAAAUAGUGAAUGGCUUUACGAUGUGAAAAGCUUUUACGAGGAAACUUUUGUAACGAUGUCUGAAUUGUCGGCAAAAAUAAUUACGGCCUAUGUUAGUACAGGACAGCCAAUGGAUGAGCUUGGGGCGUACGGAAUGCAAGAUAAAGGGGCAACUAUAAUUAAAAGAAUUGACGGAGAUUUUUCCAAUGCCGUUGGUUUUCCUGUACAUAGAUUUUGCUACGAAUUGUGUGAGUUAAUCGAAUGUAAGAAGACAUUUAGAUAAAGUGUUUUCACUGAUGAUUAUUUAAUGAAAUUUUCGGUUGUGGAAUUGUUCGACGUACGUUAAAAAUUGCCACAUUUUCGGUUGCCCAUCAGAGUGGACUUGAUUCAAAACGAUAAGAGAAUCAUUGCGUGG